UACGUACUCGCAACUCUCGUUGAAGCGGUGUCCUUAUUUUUCGCAGUACUUAUUCGAAGUUUUCGAGCCCCCAUCCGACCCGAACUGGACACGGAAGGGCCCCCUUUUCCGGCAACCGUCGUCGCGUCCCCGAAACGUACGCGAAUCCACGCGCAAAAAAUAAAUAAAUAACUAAACAAAAACACAAAAUGUGGCGCGCCGCCGUAAGAGUGAAAUUUCUGUGAAGAGUGCUUUGAAAAGCGAAACUAAUCGACGUCAAACCGUUUGUUUCGUGGUAUACCCGACAUUGCCCGUGUAAUUGCCGAUGUGAUUUUCCGAAAAAUAAAAUUGAUAAAUAAAUUUCGCGCCCCCGUGUGGUCCGCUUUGAGAGAUAACCUCCCCGAUGUGCUGCGCCAGCGAAACGCAACAUUUAACGGGCUCCGGCUAGAGUUCCUUGACCCACCAAAAAAAAUGAAUUAUGACCCUUACUCGCACACCCUGUGAGCUCGACAAGAUGAGCCUUUUCCAAGAUUUGAAGCUGAAACGAAGAAAGGUUGACUCACGUUGCAGCAGUGACGGCGAAUCUGUCGCCGAUACUAGUACGUCCUCGCCAGAUUUGGUUUGCCCCGCGUCCCCGAAAAUGUCGGAGACAGCGCUCAAUCCACCGAGUCCGGACUCUACACCUCCGAUGCACAACAUAGUUGUCAAGCCCGAACCGACGGUGGAUAAACUAUCCAGUAGAUUAGAAGACUCGGGUGUAUUUGACGGAGGCGGUACCGAUGGCGGCGGAACUACAACCAGCGUCAUCCGAAGUUUGAGGAGCCAAAGUCCACCGACGCUCAGGCCUACUCCACCGUUCAGUCCAUCUCAACCUCCCCGACCUCACAGUUCACCAGGGAGACCAGCAAACGCCAGUCCCGUUAUCAAACACGCAUCGUUGUUAAUUCAUCCCACAUCAUCACCCAGUCCGCCUCGGAAUCCCACGCCGACCAUAGUUACAUGCCAAGAACCUACUUCAUCAACUAGCGCAGCACUGUUGCAAACCAGGCCAAGGGGCGUAAUCAUUAGUCAACCUCAAAACAUAGUGCAAAGUCAAUUGUGGCUCAAGCACCAAAGAAUAAACGGCGUCAAGCCAGAACUGAUCGGAGGCACAUUUGCUCCACCAUCUCCUACAUAUCCAGAUAUUAAAGGUCCUGGCAGUCCGAUGCCGCGAAGCAAUACUACCAUGCCAGUAAGACAAACCCCAACAGUGAUAAUGGGGGAGGCAGGGGGCGUGCGGACGAUGAUCUGGUCGCAGCCUAAUCUUUGUACUACACCAACAUCUCCUUCUAGUAUAGAACCUCCAUUAUUUCCGACGACAUCGUCGUGGCCACCGGCGGGAAGUCCUAACGUUUCGAACCCCGAAGAAAGUGCUGCCCAAAUGUUGCUUAAUCUUGGCCAAGACAAUCGGUUGCGUUUGCCAGUAAGCAGAGCACUUUUAUCGCCUCAAUCACCGACUCAAACUGGUAGUCAUUUUUCCACAGCGCCUUUAAAUAUGGAGCGGCUCUGGGCCGGAGACUUGCGGCAAAUUUCUAUCAAUCAACAAACACAAGCUUUAAAUCUUACCUCCCCGAUCGGUCCAGGGCCUCAAACUUUAUAUGGUGGCAGUGGGGAGUUAAAACUACCCGGUAUGUGCGAGCCAGCCAACACUGGCGAGCAACACGAGCAAGGGGAAGAAGAAGAGCAGCCUAUGAUUUGCAUGAUCUGCGAAGACAAAGCGACGGGAUUGCAUUACGGAAUUAUAACUUGCGAGGGGUGCAAGGGGUUUUUUAAAAGAACUGUACAGAACCGGCGCGUUUAUACAUGCGUGGCAGAUGGAAACUGCGAGAUAACGAAAGCGCAGAGAAAUAGGUGUCAGUAUUGCCGAUUCAAGAAGUGUAUAGAGCAGGGAAUGGUGCUUCAAGCUGUGCGGGAGGAUAGAAUGCCCGGGGGCAGGAAUAGCGGAGCCGUGUACAAUUUGUAUAAAGUAAAAUAUAAAAAGCAUAAAAAGCCUACGUCGAAGACGUUGACUAAGAGCCAAGCGGAGAGGAACAUGCAACAACUUAAAACGGAACAGCAACAACAACAGCAACAUCAAGCGCCUGCGAUACCUUCUAACCUAGUCAACGGUACCAUCCUGAAAACAGCUCUGACGAAUCCGAGCGAAGUAAUUCGGCUGCGUCAGCGUUUGGACAGCGCCGUGUCCAGUUCACGCGACCGAAACUUCUCAUUUGAAUAUUCCGUAUCGAUGAUAAAGACCCUCAUCGAAUGCGACGAGUUCCACGACAUAGCCACCUUGCGUAAUCUGGACGAAUUGCUCGACCAUAAUACCGACCUUAGCGAAAAGUUGUGCAAUAUUGGGGACUCGAUCGUAUUCAAAUUGGUACAGUGGACUAAAAGGUUACCGUUCUACCUAGAGCUUCCUGUGGACGUGCACACGAGAUUGCUUACGCACAAAUGGCACGAGCUACUUGUGCUCACCACUUCGGCUUACCAGGCCAUCCAGAAGACUGCAAACGAGCAACAAAAUACAACCCCAGCCACCACAUCGAUAGAACAUAACUUUAGCCAUGAGGUUCAAACCAAUCUUUACACUCUGCAGAGUUGUCUGACUUCGAUGAUGGGCAGGGAAAUAACUAUAGAGCAGCUGCGCCAGGAUGUUGGGCUCAUGAUUGAGAAGAUCACUCAUGUGACGCUCAUGUUUCGUCAAAUUAAACUCACAAUGGAGGAGUAUGUGUGCCUUAAAAUUAUCAUUAUGCUGAACCAAGCAAAACCUGCAAGUAGUACGAGUAGUAGCGAAUUGGAAGCGAUUCAUGAGAGGUACAUGACUUGCCUUCGUGUGUAUACUCAACACAUGUAUCCCCAACAAUCCACACGUUUUCAAGACUUAUUAGUUAGAUUGCCGGAGAUUCAGUGUGCCGCAUCUCUGUUAUUAGAAAGUAAAAUGUUCUACGUUCCUUUUUUACUAAAUUCGACGAUUCAAAGGUAGUAGGAAGUCGGUGUAGAGAAUUAGCUCAAAAACGUUCCUCAGAUCGGGCAUAGCGACACCUUUUAGUUAUAAUAUGACGCUACAUUAAACCAUAAUCCGGGCGUAUAACGUGUAAAUAUACUGCCAGUUCUGUAUACAAAAUAUAAAAACCAUUAGUUUGUAAUUAAUUCGAUUAAAAUAUAUCUACAUACGUCACAUUAUGGCUUUCUGUACAGUUGUAUGUAUAUAUUAAUUUAUUUAGUUUUCAAGAGUCCAUAUAUAAAUAUAUUUCACGUAUGACUGCCAAUUUUGUACGUUAAAGUUACCAGUGCAACCAAGUAUGUGUACAAAACAUGGUUCCUUGAAUGAGUUAAAGCAAAACUUUUGUUCCCCACAUUGUAAAGUUUUUUUUGUUUCAUAUUUAUUUCCAAACAAUCUAUAGUCAUAUAUUUUUGGUACAUAGAAAGGGAGAGAAAAUUUAACCUACUGUAUAUUUCGAAGAAAGCACGAACGAACGAAGGGCCGCUCUUAUCCAGUUUAAUGAAGCUAACCGCAACAAGACUUUUUCUUUAAAAAGUAAUACCACAACCAAAAUACAAUAAUGACAUCUGAAAGAAUAGUUGCAAGCUACAUAAUAUACAGAGUAAGUGGAGAAAGUGUAUUUUACAAAUAUGCGCAGGUUUCUAUUAUGAUGUGGAGUUUUAGUUAGUUUUGGUGUGUUGCUAAAAAUUAGAUUGUUUUCGUAAUUAUAUAUCUUUCUAAACAAGAAUAAUUUUUUGUAAUAACACUGGCUAAGCUUCCAUUCCAUAUUCUCAACAAAAAAGUAUUUUGCGGGAUAUCCGCUACAAAAGUCUGUGUAUAUAAGAAAAUAGAGCGUAAUUUGACUUCGAAUGGCUUCCAAUAAUUUUGGACUUCACAGAUUUUGACGACUGCUAUCUAUAUUCAAGAUUAAUUAGGUAAUUCAUACUUACUAUUUCUUUAAUUACGAAAUUCAUACUUACCAGUUAUAUUGAGUACUAUAUGUUACCAUUUGGGAAGGGGGGGGGGGGGGUUCAAUAAUUUCUAUUGAAAAAUGUAUUUACCAUUUUUCAAAUUUUUUAGAAAAUAAAAAAUCAGUUUAGAAACUUUCAAAAAUCUAAAAUUAUAUAUUUUGUAAUAGACCACUAGUUUUUUUACGAUUGUGUCAUUUUUAUAUCACCUUAUCACCUGAUUGACUGAAACAAUAUUUUCGUUGCACACUUAAAUAUUUAACAAUUUAUAUUGCUGAAUUUAGAAUCAAACAACUAUAAAAAGAAAUGUUUGAUUAGGUUAUUUGUUCGACUAUAUUAGAAAAUUGUAGAUUAUCAACAACUUUGUUGUAAGCCAUUUAAACACUGUGAUUUUUGUGUGGGCUCUUGAGACAAGCUGGCAUAUUGUAUUGUGAGUUGUAGUAGUUUAACGCAAUAAAUAUCUAUUUUUUUUAAUAUAAAUUUUUGAAAGUUAGAAUUGAAAAACAAAACAGUUCCCAAUGAGUAUUUCCAUCUCGUGCGAUAUAAAAAUUGGAGUAAUCGCAUUUGAAAUAGUAAGAAAUCUAUUUAAAAAAAUUGUUUCCUUCGAAAUAUACAUCCCCACCGAAAAAAAAAAAACGCGUAAAACCAUUUACAUAAGAUAGCUGUACUUAUCACUUUUGCAAAGGCAACAGAGUAUUUUUUAGUUUGUUCGAGGUACUCGAUGUGAUUUUGUUUUUAAUAUAAUUAUAUAAAUAUACAUAUUUUUUUCUUGUAAAGUUCUGUUCCUUUUGCAAACUAAAUGAUUAAUUGAUGUA